GGUGAGACGUCCUGGCUCCGUUCUAGGCUGCGGGAGGAUGCGGAGGGCGCCUCGUUGGUAAUAUGGUCGGCCAUGGAUAAGGUUCGUAAAACACUGGUGGCGGUUGCCGUGCUAGGCGCGGGUGCUGGCGUGGGCUCCACUCUGUUUGCUCUUGUGGUCCCAGGAGAACUACAGAAGCAGGCAAUGCUGCAGGAGAUGCCGGAACGGGACCCGCAGCGCAGGAACGAAGCUGUCAGGACCAAGGAACUAGUGAUGGCUACCCUGAAGAAAGCGGCGGCCACGGAGGAGAACGUGGCCUGGAGGAAGAACUGGACCGCAGCAGUUAGCGGAGGCAGCGGGUCAGAGUGACACAAGAGCUUGCGGGUGGGCGCCGGGACCUCCGAGACGUGGAGGCACGAUUCAGGAUAACACAGGACUCUACCAGGCACUGCGAGCUGCAGUCCGUGAGCGCGUUAACGUGCACAUCACGUGACAGGACCGAGACCCGGGUCGGAUGUGUAGAACCAGAGGAUCUAAUAAAUAAUCCAGUUCUUCCGUUAAAUUGA